AUGGCUCACACCACAAACAUCACCGUUCCUCUCUACUCGGUGUACAUCGUGUUGGCCGCAAUGCUGUCAGCUGUAGUAAUGGUAGCUGCUGUCUUCUACAAAUCUCGCAAGCCGGUCGACCUGGACCAAUUAGACUGCGAGCAACAGGCAAAGCUGUUCAGCCCACACAUGCUCGCUCCGCAGCUAAUUUUCGACACGAAUCCUCGACCUGUGCAGCCUCAAUCUCUGAAACAGAAGCUAUCACCAUGGAAAAGUUCGUCUCAGCAGAUCAUUGACUCUCUGAAACCCGAGUGCGUGGCGGAAUAUCGAGGCAAGCUGAACUUCUCUAUCGCUUUUGAGAAAGAGAUCAGCACUCUGCAUGUCCAUCUUCUGGAAGCCGUCGACCUUCCUGUGAAGGACAUUACAGGCAGCUCGGAUCCAUACGUACGAGUUUUCCUGUUGGAGGAACCAUCAAAAAGUGAACGGACCAAAGUGCAUCGAAGAAAUCUCAAUCCGAAGUUCCACCAAACUCUCUCUUUUCCAGGGCAUUCGAUGAAAAAACUACACGAUAUGACGCUUGUGAUGCAGGUCAUGGAUUAUGAUCGAUUUACCUCGGACGAUCCUAUUGGAGAAAUUCUUCUUCCAAUGAAAAGUGUGAAAUUCGAGAACAGCCCAGUUUACUGGAAGCAUUUACAAAGGCCGACAAUUUCAAGGGAGCAAUGCGGGGAAUUAAUGUUGUCACUCUGUUACUUACCAGAAGUCAACAAGAUUACUGUCAGUGUGAUCAAGGCAAGGGAUCUAAAAGCCAAAGAUAAACUGGGCAGUUCUGAUCCGUACGUGAAGCUGUGGUUAGUGCAACAAGGGAACAAGCUGGAAAAGCGGAAAACUACGGUGAAACCGCAAACCUUGGCUCCGCUCUUCAAUGAAUCGUUUGCGUUUACCGUACCGCCUAAAGAAAUUCUCGAUAAGGACGUGAACCUUGUCGUGACGGUGAUGGACUAUGACCUGCUGUCAAGCAACGACGAAAUUGGGCAUACGAUUAUCGGCCCAUUGGGAAGCGAGAGCGGCGCUCGCCAUUGGAAAGAAGUAAUUGAUCAUCCAGAAACACCGUUAGCACUGUGGCAUCGGUUAACUCCACGAUGGUAG